ACGUGGAUUAGAGAUAAUAAGACCAUGUUUUAAAGUUUGAAUUGAUUAAUUAAUUCCAACAUUAGAUUCAUUAACAAUUUAUGUUGAAGAUUUAAAUGAAAAAACACUUUUUGCUGCUCGUCAUAUUUAUAAUUUAAAAUUAGGUUCAAGUCUUCGUUCAAUCGAUCCUAAAAUAUUUGUUUUAUUAUCUCGACAAUUACAUCAUUUAGAUUUAUCUGAUAUCAGUAUAUCACAAAUGAAAUCAGAUUCUCGUUGUCAUCUUAAUAAAUAUCGUUAUUCGUGA